GUAAGCACAGGCCCUUGUCGUUCUACGUCGUGCCAUCCCACUGCCACGCCGCCUGUCUGUGUAUGUAGUCGGCGCUGCUGCAGCAAAACGAAGUGCUCAAUGCCGCUUCGUCGAUGGCGCAAGAAGAGGCGCGGGCGGCACUUCAAGCCAUGGCCAAUGCCACCGUCGAGGUCAAUCUGAGCCCAAUUGGAGGAGCACCCUCUGGGGGAGAUGGCCGCGAAUCCCGUCGAGCGACGUCGAAACCUGCGGUACACGGUAACUCUGUCGGGUGUCCUGCGAGAGGUGACGCAAUGAGAUCGUCGUCGCCUCUCGGCUCGACGUCCGAACGGUCGCCAUCGACAAAGAACCUCGAAGGAGGCCCGCCAACGACUCCCAGCACCGUCCAGCAAUGCAGCAAGCAAAACUAUAACAGCACUGUGGCGGAUGCAAAGCCUCCCGGCGGUCGCAACGAUGGGUCGAUAUCAAGUUUGAACAAGUCGGCGCACUCGUUGGCGGUGGACCAAGCACGACGAGAGCAAGCCGCGACGUUGCAACAUCUUGAAGAACAAGUUGCAUCCAUCACCGAGAGCAACAAAGCCACAGAGCGGGCGACGGGCAAAAUGUUGGACCAAAUCGACCAAAUGAAGUCGGACCGUGUCACGCUCGUGCGAAAACUCCAACAGAUUGAAGUCCAGUUGUCCAAACAGAAAACGGCGCAGGCAAUGCUUGAAGUCACGUACAAAGGCACCGAGGCUGAGCUAGCCAGCACCCACACCUCCUUAGACGAAGCCAGAAGGCACGAAAAACAUGCAGCGCAGAGUUCAAAGGCUGUUCAGAUUCGACUUGACCGGGUCGUGGCCGACUUGGAGAAGGUCAAAUGCGACUUGAAAGAACUCAAGGAGCAAAAAGGAGGAGCUGCCGUGCCACGCGUCGACUUUGAGCGGGUCGGGAAGGAGGUCACGACGCUGGAAAGGCAAACGGUAACACGGCCCACCUCACGUCCAUAAAGGGCGACAGCUCACGCUCGACCACAGGCCGAACUCAUCACGUUGUACAAGAAGCAAUCGAAGCUCAUCGACAUCCUCAAGCGCCAGAAGCUGCACUUGGAGGCCGCCAAGAACAUUGCAUUCACUGAAGAAGAGUUCAGCAAAACGCUUGACUGGGGCAUGUAGCGCGGCUUGCAUGACGUGGCGCUCUCUCCAACGACGAUUCGAAUGGAUCUUUGCGGUCAAGAUCGUCUGGGAUUCUGGUUCAACUUGGCACGCUAGUCCGUCCAUGACAAAAACGGAUUCGGCCUGUAUCAAGUUGAAGUGGACACGUGAGCGGUCAAACGUUUCUCAUUUUUUAUUAAAUGACAUACAAAAUUGGAUAGAAUGGAG